AUGUUCAUCUUGUCAAAAAUAUCAGAUUUGGUUCAGGUGAAACCAGAAUUUUUCGAUAUCAAUUUGAAGAAGGCAAUAAUAAGAGAACUCAAUUCCAAAUAUGCAAACAAGGUGAUCCCUAAUCUCGGAGUAGGCAUUGCUGUAUGGGAUGUGCUAGAUGUUCAGGACGGGCUUUUAAGACCCAGUGACGGGGCUGUUUAUUAUAAAGUCAUUGUUAGACUAAUAGUGUUCAAGCCGUUUGUUGGGGAAGUAUUGAUUGGGUGGAUUGACUCAAGUUCGGAACAGGGCAUCAAAAUUAAAUUAGAUUUCUUUGAUGAGAUUUUCAUUCCAAAAGAUAUGUUAUUCGAGGGCUGCUAUUGGAAUGAAUCAGAAAACCUCUGGGUGUGGAGAACCGACCCCGAGGACCCAGAAUCUGACGUCUAUUUUGAUGUUAAUGAAAAGAUACAAUUUAGAAUAGAAGAAGAAAUUUUCACAAACAUAAAGCCGACAGGCCCAGCAUUGGAUGAUGAAGAAGAGGAAGAAGAGGAACAGCAACAAGUAGCAGCAGCAUCAAAGGGAGACAAAACUCUGGAGGUCGAAGUAAAACCACCUAAGAAGGAUCUCACUCCGCCACCGUACGCGUUGAUCGCCAGUUGUCAAACAGAAGGUAUGGGUGCUAUAUCAUGGUGGGGAUGA